AUGUCAAGUUCGAAUCCUACCGAUGGAGUUGCAGCUGCCAAUCUGCCGCACACAUUCCAGUAUUUGUUAGCUACGCAGUUUCUGUCAAGGGGAAUCCCUUUUAUCUUCAAUUCAUGGAUUGUCAGACACCUCUCUGAAGAAGAUUAUGCGUUGUAUGCGGUACAGUUCCAUCUGUUUGUUACCUGUGUAUUAUUUCUGAGUAGUGAAGGAUUCCGGAGAGCGUGCAUGAGGGCAGAUUUCAGGUCGGAACUCCGGCUUUCGAUUCAUAAUGGUUUAGCAACAGAAGCAAAUGCUGCUAAACUGUUGAAAGUGGCCUGGAUGACUUCCCCGUUAGGGAUACUGGUGACAUUUGCAGCAUGUUCGUUUGUGUUCUGGUGGCAAGGCCUAAGUUACUCUAGUCCAUACGCAAAAGCUAUCUCGAUUAAUGAGCCUCUUUAUAUUUUGUCCCAGAACUUGGUUCUGCUCAGAUUGCGUCUUAUUGUUGAAGCUGUAGCCACCCUUUUCCGCUGUAUUGGAACUUAUGUCCUCAUCUUGAAGCAACCGAGCCUGGAAAAAGCAAUCGUAUUUUCGUUGUCAAAGGUUGCGUAUGGAGCAUCUAUUUUCUUAGGUUAUUGGGGAUACUUUCUUGGGCUUUUCUACAGUCAGGUACCCUUGUACUUUGGCUUGAUAGGGAACAAAACAGGGUAUGACAGACCGCUUGCAAACAUGUGUAUGAUUUUCACUCUUCAAUCCUUCCGAAAGUUGAAACUUCAGGAAGGUGAGAAGAUGGUCCUUGUAUGGCUGGAUACACCAUAUAACCAAGCAGUCUAUGGGCUUGUAGACAAAUUAGGUAGCUUAGUUGUGAGGAUGGUUUUUCUUCCGUUAGAAGAAAGUUCCUAUGCUACUUUUGCGCUACUUUUGCAAGGUGAUUACAAAGAUAAAAAGAGGAACCUGGCAAAGAGUCUAACUGAUGCGCUGAAGCUUAUUUUGCUGAUAG